AUGUUACGUUGUGGCGCGCUCUCCCUAAUGGCUUGCGUGCUGCUGGUCCAGGCCCAAGAUCCUUCACAGAACUACCUGGACGGGGGAACAGACUAUGGUCCGGCGCGAUUCAACUUCUCGUACGAGGUGAAGCAGCCGGCGUUCGGGAACUCCUUCGGCCACACCUCGCAGCGGGACGGAGGGCGCGAGGACGGCAGCUACUUCGUGGUUCUUCCGGAUCGAAGGUUGAUGACGGUCCGGUACUACGCCGACGCCUCGGGCUUUCAUCCGACGAUCUCGUACACGCCCAUCCAGAUGACGGGGAUGUUCCAGAAUUUCCUUUCCGGCGGUAAUGCCAAGCGGGGGAGGCAGGUCGCGGGUUCCUCCGGGAAUGGGAACUCAGGCGCGGGUUCCAUCGGGAAUGGGAACUCAGGCGCGGGUUCCUUCGGGAAUGGGAACUCAGGCGCGGGUUCCUUCGGGAAUGGGAACUCAGGCGCGGGUUCCUUCGGGAAUGGGAACUCAGGCGCGGGUUCCAUCGGGAAUGGGAACUCAGGCGCGGGUUCCUUCGGGAAUGGGAACUCAGGCGCGGGUACCUUCGGGAAUGGGAACUCAGGCGCGGGUUCCUUCGGCAACGGGAACUCGGGUGCUGGAUCCUUCGGGAAUGGGAACUUCGGUAACGGGAAGUCGGUGACUGGAUCCUUCGGCAACGGGAACUCAGGCGCAGGUUCCUUCGGGAAUGGGAACUCAGGCGCGGGUUCCUUCGGGAAUGGGAACUCAGGCGCGGGUUCCUUCGGCAACGGGAACUCGGGUGCUGGAUCCUUCGGGAAUGGGAACUUCGGUAACGGGAAGUCGGCGACUGGAUCCUUCGGCAACGGGAACUCAGGCGCAGGUUCCUUCGGGAAUGGGAACUCAGGCGCGGGUUCCUUCGGGAAUGGGAACUCAGGCGCGGGUUCCCUCGGCAACGGGAACUCGGCUGCGGGUUCCUUCGGGAAUAGGAACUUCGGUAACGGGAAGUCGGCUGCUGGAUCCUUCGGCAACGGGAACUCAGGCGCAGGUUCCUUCGGGAAUGGGAACUUCGGCAACGGGAACUCGGCCGCGGGUUCCUUCGGGAAUGGGAACUUCGGUAACGGGAAGUCGGCUGCUGGAUCCUUCGGCAACGGGAACUCAGGCGCAGGUUCCUUCGGGAAUGGGAACUUCGGCAACGGGAACUCGGCCGCGGGUUCCUUCGGGAAUGGGAACUUCGGUAACGGGAAGUCGGCGGCUGGAUCCUACGGCAACGGGAACUCAGGCGCAGGUUCCUUCGGGAAUGGGAACUUCGGCAACGGGAACUCGGCUGCGGGGUCCUAUGGGAAUGGAAACUCGGCUGCAGGUUCCUUCGGGAAUGGGAACUCAGGCGCAGGUUCCUUCGGGAAUGGGAACUUCGGUAACGGGAACUCGGCCGCGGGUUCCUUCGGGAAUCGAAACUCGGCGGUGACCCAAGCCCCCGCCCCUCUGCCGCCCCUCAUUGCUGCGCUGACGACCGCCUUGCCUUCGACUGCUCCGAGAUCGACCCCGCGCCCACAGACCACGCCUUCCGUAACGAGGCAACCCACAACCAGGUUCAGACCCGCCGUUGCUGUGACGACGCCUCGUCCGAUCAUUACUACCGCCGGCAACCCCUCCGGCAACUACCUCCCUCCACCUCGAGGCUCCUCCUCCACCCCUUUCCUCGGUCUCGCGUCCUCGCCUCGCCCCGCUGUCGUACCGGCGCCAACCACCCCGAGGACGACCACUUCUCCAAGCUCCAGCUCUCCGACGAGGCCCAGAGGCGGACGACCCUUCACCUUUGGCAACGGGGGCGCUAGCACGACCUCAGGAACGACUUCGAGAGCGGGCGUCGGCGCCGUGACGUCUCCCUCGGGAACAUACCUGCCUCCCUCGAUCACGGACGACAUUCACGGGAAUUUCGGAGGCAGAAUAACUCCUAAGAGAAGCAGAAACAACGGGAAUAACGGCAAUAACGGUAACAACGGCAGCGCUAGUGGCAGGAAUGGCAACGGGAAUGACAACACUGCGAAGACUGUUAACGGAAAUAACGUCGCCAUCAACAGUGCUGUAGGCAACGGCAACAGAAACGGCAACAACGCUAACGGAGGCGGCAGAAAUAACGGCAACGCAAAUUAUAUGAAUAACAAUAACGGGGACACAGGAAAUUUAAUCAAUAACAGCAAUAUUGGAAACACGAACGGUAAUAACGGUAAUACAGGCAACGGAAACGGAAACAAGGAUGUGGACAGUGGGACCAACGGAAACAGGAACACAAACAACGCCAUUAACAGAAACAACGGAAAUAAACAAACCGUUAACAACGGGUUUAGCAACGGCUUCGACAGAAUUCUCAACAGGAACAACGGGAAUGCAAAUAACGGAUUAAAUAAUAUCGGAAACCUUAAUAACAACAGAGAGAUUCCUAACGACAACAUUGCGUCUAACAGUAAUGGUAUCGUAAACAAAGUUAAUGCUAACAAUAUCAACAGUAUAACCAACACGGGCACCUCAAAGAAUUUGAAUAACGGAAAUUCGAACGGAAAUAACAGAAAUGUCAACGGGAAUAGCAACGGAAAUGUAAACAGUCCUACUGCCAACGUAAAUAGCAACAGUAACGGAGGAACAAACGGAAACGAGCGUGACAGAAAUAACGGAAAUAGAGAUUCAAACGGAAAUAACAGGAACAGCAAUGGAAACGUCAGCAAUAUUAACGGAAACAACAGAAACGCCAGCAAUAAUCCUAACAGGAAAAACGGGAGCAAUAACAAGAACGGAAACGCAAACAACGGUAACAGUAACGGAAAUAACGGUAAUGGAGCAACGGGUCCUGGAAACACCAACGGAAUUAACGCAAUUAACAACAUCAACGGUAAUAAUAAUCUCAACAGAAUCAACGGGAAUAAUAUGUAUGGUAAUUCGAACAGUAAUACAAACGGAAACAACAAGAACGGAAACAUAAACAACAGAAAUAAUGUAAACGGAGGAACGGGAAAUUUCAACGGUAACAACGGCAUAGUCAACAACCUUGGCGGAGGCAACAGGAAUAACGUAAACGGUGUUAAUAACAUGUAUGGAAACAGAAAUUCUAACAGAAAUACAAAUGGAAAUUCCAACAGUAACAACGGAAAUUUCAACAGUAACAACGGAAAUGUCAACAGUAACAACGGAAAUGUCAAAAGUAACAACGGGAAUUUCAACAGUAACAACGGGAAUUUCAACGGCAAUAAUCUUAACUUCAACGGAAAUUCGAACCGAAAUACAAACGGAAAUAAUAACAACGGGAAUAUCAACAACAAUAACAGAAAUGCUAACAACAAUGCUAACAGAAGUAACGGGAACAAUAUGUACGGAAAUCCAAACAUAAACACCAACAGGAACAACGGUAAUAAUAUUAACAGAGCACCACCGAUUCCAAAUCUCAACGGUAUUAAUAAUAAUAACAUUAGCAGAGGUAUCAGCAACGAUCAAGCCCAAAGCCACGGCCGCACCGGCAGCGACCGCCAGAACGACCGCAGCCUCUCAGAGAACGACUAA